AUGUCGCUCGAAAGAGCGCCGCGCCGCAAUGCGGUACCGGUAGUGCAUGUGACUGGCGGCCCCAGUCGGGUCGCCCGGACAGAUGGAAGAGCUUCUUGGCAACAGAUGCUGCAGAAGCUGGAACAGAUGCUGAAGCACGGCGGGCUGAAGCCCACCUGUGCCACGCUUACCAGCGCGAUCAGUGCUUGUGGAAAGGGCCACGAGUGGGAGUCGGCACUCAGCCUGCUCGCACAGAUGCCCACUCUGCGCCUUCAGCCCAACGUUUACAGCUUCUCGGCUGCCAUCUCCAGCUGCGAGAAGGGUGGGCAGUGGCAAAGGGCCGUGGCGCUCCUUGCAGAGAUGCCGGAGAGAAAGAUCGAAGCCAAUGUCUACAGCUUCAGCUCCACGCUGAGUGCUCUGGCUCAGUCCACAGAGCGACAGAAGGCCCUGAACUUGCUGGAGGAGAUGCCAGCACGAGGCAUCGAGCCCGUCAUCGUCAGCAUCAACGCCGCACUGGAUGCAUGCGGCAAGGAUGGCUGCUGGCAAGAAGCCCUGGCUUUGCUCCAUCGGGCGGAGCGAGACAGUCUUCAGCCUGCUGUGGUGAGCUACAGCGCAGCAAUCAAUGCAUGCGGAAAAAGCUCAGAGUGGGCGCUGGCAUUGGGUCUGUUUUCUGACAUGCGGACACUUGCCAUCUCACCCAAUACAAUCAGCUACAGUGCCGCCAUUAGCGCUUGUGAGAAGCAGUGGCAGAGUGCAUUGGCCCUCUGGGAGACACUCAAAUCCUCUCCGCAUGCUGAGGUGGACAUUGUGGGUUACAGCGCCGUGAUUUCUGCUUGCGCGAAGGGCUCGGAAUGGCCAUUGGCGCUGCAGCUUCUCGAUGAGAUGCGACAGGGAGAUCUCCAUCCGAACGUAAUAUGCUACAAUGCAGCUGCAAGCGCAUGCGGCAAUGCACAGAUGUGGGCGCAGGCGUUGCAACUCCUUGCUGCCAUGACGUGGUUUCGCGUGCUUCCCAGCGUUCGGAGCUACAACACAGUGAUCAGUGCUUGUGAUGGUGAGAGGUGGGAGCUUGCUACAGGCCUCUUCGCCCAAAUGCAAGACGAGAACUUGCAGCCCGACGUGGUGACCUACAACAGCAUCAUCGGCGUGUUUGAGAGGGCUGAUCACCAGUGGACGCACGCAGCUGCGCUGCUGGAGGAGAUGGCAGCCAGAGACGUUGAGCCGAGCACCACGACAUUCAACACGGCCAUGAAUGCCCAUUUCAAAGACGGGAACAACGUGGAAAGCGUCUUCGCGUUGCUCCAGUCGAUGCGGACCCGAAAGCUGCGCCCAGACGUCAUCAGCUUCAAUACGGCUAUCGGUGUGUGUGAGGCUGGCGGUCACUGGCAGCAGGCCUUUCAGCUCCUGGAAGACAUGAGGCAUUUGGACGUCGCGCCGGAUCUGGUGAGUUACAACUGCCUUUUCAAUGUCUGUUACGCGAGUCGCCAAUGGGAACGCGUGUUGGAGGUGGUACAGGACAUGGUUGCGCACGGAAUCGAUGGCUUCAGUGAAUGCCGCUACGACCAUCUCAGCCAGGCUGGCAGCUCUUUAGAUUGCUUCAAGCACGCCGUCCUGAUCUCAUUGUUGACGAGCUUUACGAAGGAGCCCGGACGCUUCACCUACAUCGACACCCAUGCGGGUCGAGGAGUGUAUGACUUGACCAUGGAUGGUGCACUGCAAGACAGCACCUUCGAGCACGGAAUCAAACUCCUGGACCGCGGGCCGCCGAAGAUGUGCUUCACUUUGACCCAAUACCUCGCACAGUUGCGCAGCUACAACGGGGUCGAACAAGGAGGACACCUGCGCCACUACUUGGGCUCUCCAGCCCUGGCUGCACGCUGGCUGAGACCCGGUGAUCAGGCCGUGUGCUUUGAGCUUGCCAGCACCAUGUACGAGGACUUGGCACAGUUCUUCAAUUCGGGCAUCGGCGGCAGCGUGAAGCUGAUUGCAGAAAAUUCUUAUUGGUGGCUGCUUCACCACAUGGAAGAGGACCAGCGGGGCAACGGGUUGAUCCUCAUGGAUCCCCCAUAUGAGCCGUACAACGAGUACACCGCUUGGAAUCUGUUCCUCCUGAGGCACUUGCAUGAAUUCUCCCGCUUCUGCGUUGCUGUGUGGUAUCCGUGCUUUACCCCCGACCAGAUGCAGAGUCUUUACGCGCAGCUCUACCAGUUGGAUGUUGGGGACCUUUUGGUGGCCGAAUUCCAGCUCCUGAAGCCGAGUGCGGCGUCAUUGACGAAGUCAGUGGUGGUGAUCCUCCGCCCUCCCGAGGGCAUGGACGCAACCCUGAAGCCCCUGCUGGCAGAACUGGGGCACCUGCUCCAAGGGCCUGGUGCGAGUGCAAGCAGCUCAGUCUUUUGGCUCUCGGAGUGGCGCGAGGAAUCCAAGUGA